UAGUUAUUCUACUCUUUCUUCUUGUAUCAAAGUGUGAAAGAUACGACACCGUUUCUGGGAUCUAAAACCGUCUUCUUCGUACACUACAAUGGUGAAAGGAGGAGGAGGGCAAAACUUGCCGGCUGACGUGGCACAGGUGAUCGAUCAGCUGGAACGCCAUUGCUUGGCUCCCGAUGGUUCUCUCGUUCCCAAACCGGCCUUCUUCGACCUCCAACUCGCGAGAGAGGAAAUGUCAAGGGAAAGGUUGCGAUACUUGGAAGCAAUGGCGAUCUAUUGCGAGGCGAUGGCGAUGCUGGAGGAGUAUCAGCAGGCAGUUUCGGUGGGUAAUCUGGGAGGAAUUCGCGAUGUUCAGGGUUUAUACCCGCAGCUCGGCUUGAUAAACUCCCCUCAGGUAUAUGAGACAUUAGAGCAUCGAAUGGUCAUUGCAGAAGCAGCUCAAAAGUUGAGGCUUCCUCUUAUCUCCAAAGAUGGUGAAAUCCAUGAGGAUGACAUUGAAAAACUCAGUAUAAUGUCACGAAGCUCCCUUGAUAGUACAGCUACCAGUUUCACAAUCAGCUCAAGCUCAAAUUCAAUGAAUUACACAACUGCAAAUAGCACUGCUAGUAUGACAAAUAAUGCUCUUAGUGCUGGUGAUGCAGUGGAACCUGGAGUUGGUGGUGUUCCUAAUCGCUAUCUUGGAAUCACACCUGCUUAUUUAUGGCAAACUCAACUUCAAAGAACACCAUUAUCUGUGGAUGUGACAGAAUAUCAGAUGUGUCUUUCUCGUGAGAUUGAGGCUCGUUUAAAAGCUAAAUGUGAAAAGUUGGCCGAUGCCUUUGUAAUGGAUGACAUUGACUCGUCAUCUGGGCAUCAAACUUCAAGUUCACGGCUUCCAGAAAGGGUAAAGUUGAUAAUUGAGGAGAUUGAAAGGGAAGAAGCAGCUUUGCGAGAGGAUCUCUAUGCUGCAGAUAGAAAAUGUGCUGAAUACUAUAAUGUCUUAGAGCAGAUACUUGGAGUUCUUAUUAAGCUUGUUAAAGAUUUGAAGUUACAACAUCAACAUAAAUAUGAUGAUCUGCAAAAAACAUGGCUUUGCAAAAGGUGUGAGACCAUGAGCGCAAAAUUGAGGGUUUUGGAGAAUGUUCUCCUGCUUGAAACUUAUACUCAGGAGUCAAUACCAGCACUUCAUAAAAUAAGGAAGUAUCUUCUUGAGGCUACAGAAGAAGCUUCAAUUGCAUAUAAUAAAGCAGUUACACGUCUUCGUGAGUAUCAAGGUGUAGAUCCUCACUUUGAUACAAUUGCAAGGCAGUACCAUGAUAUUGUAAAGAAAUUGGAAAAUAUGCAAUGGACGAUCCACCAAGUUGAGAUGGACCUGAAACGCUUACCAGAUCACCAAACUGCAUGAACUUUUACUGCCCUUAACCCCCACCCUCUUUAAAUACUAUCUUGAUGUAUAAUGGCGCAUAUCCAAUUCAUUGUCCUUACCAGCCAGCUUUGUGUUGUGUCAUGUAGUCAAUGUUAAUAAAAAAGAACUCAUUUACGGUUUCUUUAA